AUGCUCGUGCACAUUUUUGGAGCAAAGUCCUCGCCGAGCGUAGCAGGAUACGCCCUAAGAAAGACGGCUAAGGAUAAUGAGAAAGACUUCUCCCAAGAGGCAGUUGACGCCGUGCUUAAGGAUUCCUAUGUAGAUGACUUGCCUAAAUCCUUUGCUGAUUCAGAACGCGCAGUACAAGUCAGUAAGCAGCUACAGGAGUUACUUGCGAGAGGAGGCUUUGAAUUGACCAAAUGGAUUUCCAAUUCUCGCAGCGUGUUGUCAGCGUUCCCGGUGGAGGAAAGAGCACCCACCAUUAAGAGUUUAGAUAUGAAAUCAGAAAGUUUGCCUAUAGAUAGAGCACUAGGAAUCCACUGGAAUGUUGAACAUGACACCAUUGACUUUGUUGUGAAUGACAAGGAGCGUCCAGAGAAUCGGUAA